CCAAGAGUAAGUUAGUUGAAUAUUAGGCGGUUUGUACGGAAUAUAUUUGUUUAUAGAUUGACAAUAACCAACGAUCUAAAUAAACACCUUUAAAUCUCAAACCAAUGCACAUAAGUUAUACGCAAAAAAUAAAAAUCAAUGUUUGUUAUUUUUAAAUGACGUAAAUGUCGACUCUAACCGUGCAGAUUGAUUUAUAUGUUUUAAAUCUGGACAUUUAAAAUUAUUAAAUACUACGUGACCCCGGUAAGUGAAAAAUGGAAGAUUCGGCGUCUGGUUGCUAUAGGGAUGGUCACGUGUGCUUUGUUGCUGUGGAGACCUUCGUGUGUGUCUUAUUGCAAAGUGACAACAUGGCUCUCAGGACCAUUGACAGACAGGGCAUGAAUAGUUAACAUUAUGGAUUGUAUUUAAAACAGGAAUACGGACUGCAAGAAUGGCUGAUAUAAUAAGGAAAAAGGACGAUUUAGGGAACAUAAUAAUCAAGGUUCAAGAAGAUCUGUGCCAUUUAAAGGAAAAUAUCAGUCGCAUCACAAUCCAGCGCAGUGGAGAGGUUAUUGAUAUCCAGGCUCUUGAGACAGCAAUCCAGAGAACUGAAAAUGGCUUAAGGAAACAUGCAGAAGAAUAUUUAAAUACAGUUAACAAUCAGAUUCUGACACUUCCGUCUAUUGGUGAAAAUGCUGGGCGCACUGAUCAGCCUGGAAAAUGGAAGCCUAAGUCUGAAGCUGUGCGUGAUCGAUGGCCGUUGGCUGCUGCUGCCCACCUCUCACCUGGGGAACAGCACAAGCAUUCAACAAACAUGAAGAUAAUGUAUGAUGCUUCAAACCCAAGCAACAGAGCUCUUCUGAAUGAGAAAUAUGGGGUUCAGAUGCCACGUUUAAACAGGAGAAAAGAAGAGCCAGCACAUCUUCAGAAGAUCAGCCGCGGUCCCACAGUGGGUAAUCUUUCAGUGGUGCCUGCAGCUUUUCACAACAAUCCUUACCUGGUCCCCCCUGUGCCUGUGAAUGAAGGGAAAAAAGGUAUGGCGAGCCUCCUUGAGCGAGGGCUGGUCCCUUCAGCAGCACAUAUGAGCAUCGUGCCUCCUCCAGUGAGACUCCGAACCAUGCCUCUCCACAGCCGGGACGAGAAGCACGCCACUGCACCCACAGGUGGUAUUUCUGGUAACUUCGCAGGAGUUCAUCUGUAUUUGUCCUCUAGUGCAGAACCAAACAGCAUAGAUCCUAUACUGAUAUCUACACGACUCGCUCAAAAAGGAAUUCAUACACCACCACCUUCAGUCGUCUCAAAGAAAUCAGCUGGUAAACACAGGAGACCCCCAAUACAGCCAACCACCGAAAUGGUACCGUACAAUCCUCAGCCCCCGUCUGUGACGCCGUCCCUUCAUGGCCCAGAUUACUGCUUCACUCUUUGCGACGGUCUGAUAGACUACAGGGCUCCAGACUUGUUGGCUUUCAAGCAGCAUUACUGCCUGUCCUGGGGGGGGAUCCUCUCGCUCUUGGAAAGCCUCACAGAGCUCCUGAAGGAGUAUGCUGUGCCCGUGGCGAUUGUGCAUGGCCAGAGGCUGGCAGAGCUGGCCAUGGGCUCGGAGCUGGACAUCCCGCCCGCUCCAGAGCACUUGGUGUCUGUGCUGGAGAACUACGUAGAUGUGUGGGAGCUCAUGCAUCGACCUGGCCAGCGGUACAAGGGGGUGGGAGGGGUGGGGAUGGCUGCAGUAAAGAUCCAGUCCUCCUGGAGGCGGCAUCGUGUAAGAGCGGCCUACCUCGAGUACCGGCGGCAGAAGUGGGCAGCAGGUGCGAUUGCAAUCUCUUGGCUCCUGCACGCUCAGAUGGUGCGGAUGAAGAAGGCCCUGAAGGGAUCGCAUCAGAGACACCUGGAGAAUUUCCGCAGCAGGGCCAAGCAUCUGGCAGCCAACUGGAAUCACAUCAGGACUUCCAGGAGGACUAUUAUCCACAUCCCAUCAUUAGGGUAUUCCCAGCCUCUGCGGUUCAGUGUGAAUGAUCUUGAUAUUCAGCAGAAUCUUCAAAUGGGUAGACUGUGUGACAUCCAAGAUCCAAGCGUGGAUGUGAUCUACGUGUGCCCUGUGAAGCAGAGUGUGGAGGUGCAGCAGUAUUACUCCCGCCUCCUGGGGCUGCACAAAGUGGUGGACUCGGGGCUGCUGGAGGACGCAGCCGACAUGCAGGACAGGUUCAAAAUCCUCACUCCAGAGGCCAUGGACAGCUUCCAGACCCAUAACAUGUGCCUAUCCACUCUGCUCAAAUACAGUCCUCAGACCAUCAAGCGUAUUAAAAACCUUAUCAAAGGGAAACAUGCCUAUGUCGUUGGAGGUGUCCUGCAUAAAGAUGAUCUAGCGGUUGCUGAUAUACUCAACGUGCCAAUCUUAGGGUCAGAGCCCGAAGUGGCCCAUCUGUACAGUACCAAAUCUGGGAACAAAAGAAUAUUUGCCAGCGCGGGAGUGCCAACCCCACCAGGGGAAUAUGACAUUUACAAUUUACAGCAGAUGCACGAGGUUGUUAGCCAAUUAAUCAUUGAUAACCUAAAUAUCAGGCGUUGGCUGUUGAAAAUGGACUGUGAAUUUGGAGGAAGAGGCACGGCGCACUUUGACAUUUCUCAUAUGAAGUGUUACAGCUGGAUGCUGAAAGAGUACAGACGCUAUGGACCUGAAGAAUGGAGGAAAAAAUGGGCUCAGGAGCCGGCUCUGUUGAAGAUCUUGGAAGAGCUGCCAGAGUAUCUAUCACAGCAUGGCAAGCUGGUCAAUAAGAAAAGAUUCCCAUCAUGGAAAAAGUUCCUGGAAACAUUCCUCAGUCAAGGUGGUGUAGUGGAGGCCUGCCCACCUUCAGAAAGCAUUACCAACCUAACAGUGGACAUGCUGAUCGAGCCCAAUGGGGAGAUGUCGAUGGUGUCGUGUGGAGACCAGAUCCACGCUGGCACCCCAUUAGAAUGCUGCGGCACGUCCGUACCCCAAUCCUCGGUCGACCCUGACAUCCUGCACUCCACGUGCAUGCAGAUCACAGCGGCCUGUAAAUCACGCGGAGUGAUGGGUUACCUCUCCAUCGACCUCGUGACCUUUAUCCAUCCCCACACGCUGGAGCAGCAGGUGUGGGCCACUGAUCUGGACUUGUGCUACAGUGACCAGCUGUCCAUGACCCAGCUGAUGCUGCUGAUGACGAGGGGGAGGCUGGACUGCCGCUCCAGUCAGCUGGAGGUCCCAGCGCCCGCCAGGGAUGUGAAACAGCCUCGCCGGCUCGGAGAGGAGGCAGCGAUGCCUCCGACAGUCACAAGCCACUAUGCCGUGAUGAGCACCCAGCUGAGGCACACCAACCUGGCCAUGGUGCACUACAGUGUGUUCUUUCAGAUGUGCAAGGCACAAGGAGUGGGGUUUGAUAUCAAGGAAAGGCAAGGGACACUGUUUAUACUCCACGACAGCCACAAAAGACAGAGCCUGGGGAUGAUAACAAUUGGGGAGGAUCUCCAGGGGGCCCUCAUGACCUUUGCUCGCAAUCUCUCCAUCAUUCAUCAAGAAAUAUCAGCGCCUAAUAUGCAAGGCGAGACCAAUUUUAAGGGUAUAAUCAAUGACAUUGAAGGAAUCCUGGGAGUUACAAUUGAAAACCAGGCCAGGUCUGCAGACGAACGGCUACAUGAGUUCACCAGAAAAAACAAAAAAAAGUUUGUAUGAGUGUGUGUAACAACAGAACUUUAACCAUAAAAUAAAAUUAAAACUUCUGAUUCAAAUCUUUAUACUAAUAACAGAUCAACAAUUGUGUGUGUGUGUGUGUGUGUAUAAUA